AUGUCGACCACGACAACGACGACCGGCACCGAGGCCAUCACGGCCGAGUCGAUCCUGCGCCUGUUCCCCGACAUCGACACGAGCACCGAGGCGCUGAGCGGUCACGAUGCCGAGCAGAUUCGCCUGAUGGACGAGGUCUGCAUUGUCCUUGACGAGAACGACAAGCCCAUUGGCAACGCGAGCAAGAAGGCUUGCCACCUCAUGACCAACAUCGACAAGGGCCUGCUGCACCGCGCCUUCUCCGUCUUCCUCUUCGACGCGGACAACAAGCUGCUGCUGCAGCAGCGCGCGACGGAGAAGAUCACGUUCCCGGACAUGUGGACCAACACGUGCUGCUCGCACCCGCUGGGCAUCCCCGGCGAGACGGGCAGCAACCUGGAGGACUCGGUGGCGGGCGUCAAGAACGCGGCGCGGCGCAAGCUCGAGCACGAGCUCGGCAUCGACCCCAAGCAGGUGCCGUUCGACGACUUCCACUUCCUGACGCGCAUCCACUACAAGGCGCCUAGCGAUGGCAAGUGGGGAGAGCACGAGAUCGACUACAUCCUCUUCAUCAAGGCCAAGGUCGACCUCAACCCCAACAAGAACGAGGUCCAGGCGACGCAGUACGUCAGCGCCGACGAGCUCAAGAACCUGUUCAAGCAGCCCGACCUCAAGUUCACGCCGUGGUUCAAGCUCAUCUGCGAGAGCAUGCUGUUCGAGUGGUGGGGCAGCCUCGAGUCCGGGCUGGACAAGUACACCAACGAGCAGGAGAUUCGCCGCAUGUAA